AUGUCGGACGGAGCCAGUCUUGUGUUAGAAUCAUCUGAAAACGGCACUGAUUUGUCUCAGGAUGAUAUUGGCACUGUUGAGGAAACACCGGAGGAAACGAUUUUGUCAAGACAAACUUCUGUUAACCUUGUUCCUUUUAUUGGACAAAGAUUUGUCUCUCAAGAAGCUGCUUAUGAGUUUUAUUGCAGUUUUGCUAAGCAAUUUGGUUUUUCUAUUAGACGACACCGGACCCGAGGAAAAGAUGGGGUUGGCCGAGGAGUAACAAGGAGGGAUUUUACUUGUCAUCGUGGUGGGUUUCCCCAAAAUAAACAUUCGGAAGAUGUGGGGAAGGUGCAAAGGAACCGUAAAUCAUCUCGCUGUGGUUGCCAAGCGUAUUUGCGUAUUGUGAAAAGGGCGGAUUUUGAUGUCCCUGAAUGGCGUGUUACUGGUUUUAGAAACAUCCACAAUCAUGAGUUGUUGAAAUCCAAUGAGGUGCGUCUUCUUCCAUCGUAUUGUCCGAUAUCUCCUGAUGAUAAGAGCCGCAUAUGCAUGUUUGCCAAAGCUGGAAUGUCGGUAAGACAAAUGUUAAGAUUGAUGGAGCUAGAGAAGGGUGUCAAACUUGGCUGUCUUCCUUUUACAGAGAUAGAUGUGAGAAACUUGUUGCAGUCGUUCAGAAAUGUGGAUAAAGAUAAUGAUGCUAUUGAUCUGAUCGCAAUGUGUAAGAGAUUAAAAGAUGAAAAUCACAACUUCAAGUAUGAUUUCAAGAUAGAUAAUAAUAACAGGCUUGAAUACAUUGCAUGGUCCUACGGCUCGCCAAUUCAAUCAUAUGAAGUAUUUGGAGAUGCUGUGGUUUUUGAUACAACCUACCGAGUGGAGGCUUAUGACAUGCUGUUGGGAAUUUGGCUUGGAGUCGACAAUAAUGGAAUGAUAUGUUGCUUUAGUUGUGCACUUCUAAGGGACGAAAAUAUGCCGUCUUUUUCAUGGGCUUUAAAGGCUUUCUUGGGCUUCAUGAAAGGAAAGGCUCCACAAACAAUACUGACUGAUCAUAACAUGUGGCUGAAAGAAGCUAUUGCUGUUGAAAUGCCGGAAACUAAACACGCCUUUUCUAUAUGGCAUAUUCUCUCCAAAUUCUCUGACUGGUUUUCUUUGCUUCUUGGAUCACAAUAUGAUGAGUGGAAAGCUGAGUUUCAUCGGCUCUACAACUUGGAAAUGGUGGAAGAUUUCGAAGAAGGCUGGAGGCAGAUGGUCGAUAAUUAUGGACUCCAUGCAAAUAAACAUAUUAUUAGCCUAUACUCAUUAAGGACAUUCUGGGCUUUACCAUUCUUGAGGCAAUACUUCUUUGCAGGGUUAACCAGUACAAGUCAGACCGAGUCCGUUAAUGUUUUCAUCCAACGGUUCUUAAGUGCACAAUCUCAACCAAUCACAAAACCAUUAAUAGAACACGCAUCUCACAAGAAUCCAAAACCAGACCUGAGAAAAAGUACCGACACGAUUCGCAAACCUGCAAGCUACAACCUUUGCCACAACUAUCAUGAUUAG